AUGAGUGACGACGCUCUGCGUGCCUGUGACCUUUGUCACUCAAGAAAGGUUCGCUGCGACCGGCAACUCAAUUGUGCAAACUGUGUCGAUGCCGGUCUAGCGUGUCAGCGAACUCGUCCACGGCGCCCAACACGCCCUCCAGCUACAACUAUCUCUACUAUUGGCGAAAGACUUCUGAGGCUGGAAAGCGCAAUCUCUCAUCCUCACGAGACGACUGAAAGCACAAGUCCAGCUCAUAGCGUCAAUCAAGGUGAAGAAGAUAGAGGACUCAAGAGACGAAGGUUAGACACUGUCUCUCACCUACAAAAUGCAUCCAAAUCUCCCCACAGUAGCUGCACUGCUGCUGUCACCCCGGAUGAAUCGACACAUCAUGCGGAGCAAGCCAAAGCUGUCUUUCAAGGAGAGCUUGAAGGGAACGAGAGUAUGAAUAUUGAACGCCAAUCCAUUCUCAGAUCUGCUCUAGACUUUGUGAGUACCAUGACACAGGGAAGGGCUUCAAACCUAGAAGAUGGCCUUCAGUCGGAAAUGCGGGACGACAGCCCAGUUAUCACAGAGUUCACCGCACCGCCUUCUGAAGUAUUCUACAUGCUUCUCAAAGAGCCAGCAACUGUGGCUGGAGCACUAAACCUACAAUGGCCAGAUCAUAUCUCUCAGGAGUGUCUCGAGAGGAUGAUUGCCGUUUUGGUUGAUGCUGAAUCACAGGGCCAAAUCUUCUACCAGUAUUGCGUCUGCAUCUAUGUCAAGGCUAUCUUCCAUCUUGUUCAGAUGCCAAGAAUUUACAAAAACUCCACCAUCAACCAACAAUUUCUCAAGUCAAAAAGAUUGUAUGAAUCGUACGCUCUUCAUGCCUUGAAGCAUGUCAACUUUUUGGGUAACCCCACUCUUCCUUUCAUCCAAUCACUAAUAUCUGCGGCAUUUUUGAUGCAAUACACUGGCAACAUGAGCCAAGCCUGGAUCAUGAAUUCCUAUGCAGCCCGCCAAAUUGUCGCACUGAAAUAUCAUGAAAUUGGAAGCCCUGUUCCGAGAUCCGAUCCAAAUGAGGAUAUUCAAAGCUCUUUGUACUGGUGUUAUUAUCUUGACCGCACUCUCAGCGCUCUCCUCAUUCGGCCUUUAUCAUUACCCGAGCCGGCUAUAUCUCCCGUGGAUCUCAUCGUCCCAGACAAAUCACUGCCCCACCUACCACUGAUUCGCAUUCUUCUGGAGCUGGCGCAGGUACAGGGUGACCUCUUGGGCUGUGGAAAAGCGGACAAUACUCGUCAAAUACUUGCGAAUCACUCAAAGCUUCAGGAGAGGAUGAAUGUUAUAAAAUCCAAUUUACAGGCUACUCGAGAAUCCGUCAAUGACUUUCUAUCCUGUGAUUGGAUCGCAGGAGAUUUCUGCUACUAUGCGAUUCUAGUCGACAUUCUUCGAUCUCGAUUGAAGUACUCAUUUUCACCCCUCACCCACAAGGAGUGCGUGGCAUGUGCUCGCAAAUCACUGAAAGCACUGCGAUACCUGCAAAAGAACCCCAGCAAGAAUCCAGGCUUUACGGAUCCAUAUCCGACGUUUUUGACAUGGACUAUCUUUCUAUACCCACUGAGUCCAUUCUUCGUUCUUUUUUGCAAUAUUAUCGGAGAACUUGACUUCGACGAUUACACCUUAAUCCAAGACAUCACCCAAAGCCUGGCACCAUUUGCCGCAAGCCCAUAUAUCUCAAAGUUACUAAAACUCCUCGACUCACUUCAAAACUUGUGCAUUCCCUUGAUCGAGGCGAAGCAGCGUUUGGGACCGAAAACUCGAGUCGCUCCCUGGUAUCCAUCCGUGACUGGGGCGCUGCCAGAUACUUCAACGACCAUUGAGCCCAAUUUCCCGGUCAAUGGUGGCUCUUCUUACGCAGAUCCAGUGGUACCCACAUUGCCUCAACAAGUUCAAGCUCAUGGUGCCCAAACGUAUCCGCCGACCGAUGAGCUUAUGUGGCACCUGUGGAAUAGCCAGUUGACAAUGGAGUGCUUUGAGUCGGAUUUCAUUGGUCUUGAUCCAUCAAGCGGAAACGGGAACAUUUGA